AAACGCGCAUGGCUACAAUCUCGAGUUGUACCCAACUGUCGCAUUUAUCGCCGGCGUCUUGAAAGAAGGCGGUUCGUCGAGCCACCAUGUUUUCUAGAAUAAAAGGUGCUAUUGAUCGCAGCAUCGCCGAAGAGCAAGCUCGUCAGAAAGCACUCACCGAGCAAAGAUCUACUACCAGUUCCCCUUCCGCCCCUGGUCAACGCCCACGAUCGGUCUCGAGAGCAAAUAGCACCAACUCUUCCACUAGAAGGAAGACCAAGAAGCCGAGCCAAGAUAAUUCUAAUGGAGACGGCGCCGCGAACACCGACCCCGCUGUCUUUGAGGCUGCAUUCGUACUUGACGACGAUGAUAUCGAAAAUGCCUCUGCCCAGCCGGCGGCACCAGAGAAGACGGUAGGGGGGACUUCAUCGGGUAAUGAAAAGGAUGACAGCGCGACCGAACGAAAUGGCGAGGCAAAAGACCAUAUUGGCGGUGGGGAAGAUGAAAAUCCCAAAGCAAGCCUACCCACUGCACCGGCGGAACUCCCUCCUCACGUAAGGAGCAAGCUUAGGAAACUCGAGAAACUAGAAGCUACGUAUCCAGAAUCGCACACGGACGAGCAACGUCUAUCGAACCAUUUGAACGGGCCUUACGCGAGAAUACGCCCUUGACUACCAUCAAAGACCCAGAAGCCCUCGUUGAGUACCUAAACCAGUUAAACCUGAAGGGGGAUAUGGUUAUGGAGGAGUUCAAGCGCGUCUCGGCCGAGAAGGAUAGCUUUAAAAAGAAGUUUGAGGAAGCUGACAAGGAAUUAAGCACCCUUAGAGACGAAAU